AUGGCUUCGGUUUUACCUGCCUCCAAUAGAUCCAUGAGAUCUGACAGGAAUACAUAUGUUGGAGAAAGGUUUGUUCAUGUUAAAAAUUCUCACUUGGAUUCUGUGGAUGAAGAUCUCUAUCACUGGGAUUUGGGAACGAAAACACACAACUUACCAGCAAUGUUUGGAGUCGUAAAGUUUGUCUGCCUCGGUGGGAGCCCCAACAGAAUGAAAGCAUUUGCACUAUUUAUGCACAAGGAGCUGGGGUUGGAGGAAGGUGGAGAAGACAUAAAAGACAUCUGUGCUGGGACAGACAGAUGUGGUGUGUACAAACUGGGCUUGUACUCUCCAUCACAGCAGGGCGUGGGCAGCCCCUGCGUUCCUAUGAUGCUUCACGAACUCAUCACAUUACUCCACCGUGCACGGUGCUGUGACGCCACCGUUAUCCCAAUCGGUACCUGGGGGGAUGCAGGGAUUGUGCCUGGAUCUGUCGUAAUAAUGGAUACAGCUGCAAACUCCUUCCUCAAGCCCUGGUUUUGACAGGUGAUCUUGGACAACCUGUCACCCCUGGUACUGAACUAGAACAAGGACCUGGCUGAAAAACUAUUCAGCUGUAGCAAAGAAAUCCCCAACUUCCCAACCCUUAUUGGGCAUACAAUGUGUACCUAUGAUUUUUAUGAAGGCCAAGGUCAAUUAGAUGGAGCACUGUGCUCCUUUUCCAAGGGAAAAAAGUUAGAUUACUUGAAGAGAGCGCAUAAAGCUGGCCUCAGGGAUAUUGAAAUGGAAUCUACAGUGUUUGCAGCCAUGUGUGGACUUUGUGGUCUGAAAGCUGCUGUGGUCGGGGUGACACUUCUUGACAGACUUGACUGUGCCCAGAUCAGCUUGCCCCAUGAUGUUCUGUUAUAGUCCCGGCCAUGGCUUCAGUUCCUAUUCUGCAAUUUCAUCAAACAGCGGCUUGGACUUCAUGACCAGAUGUCAUAA